GUGUUUCUCUGCGUUCCAGUUGGAAGGAUGAGCGGCAAUGGAAAACAGAUCAUGGGAGCCACGGACAGGGAGCAGUUUGUCGCAUUUUUCCCCAAGAUUGUGAAGGAUCUGACAGAAGAUGAGCUCCACCAGGAGGAUGUGGCUGAUGCUGUUGCCAGGUUGAAAGAGGUAGUUGAAUACAAUGCCAUUGGUGGAAAAUACAACCGGGGACUUACUGUGGUAUCUGCUUUCCGGGAGCUGGCUGGGCCAGAUCAACAGGAUCAGAAGAGCUUUCAACAUGCUAUGGUUGUUGGCUGGUGCAUUGAAUUACUUCAAGCCUUUUUCUUGGUGGCUGAUGACAUCAUGGACCACUCAGUUACACGACGGGGACGCCCCUGCUGGUAUAAAAAGGAAGGAAUUGGAUUGGAUGCUGUGAAUGACUCUUUUUUGCUGGAAGCAAGCAUCUACCGGCUGCUGAGAAGAUAUUGCCGCAGUCAGCCAUAUUAUCUGAACCUAUUGGAGCUGUUCCUCCAGACAACUUAUCAGACAGAACUAGGGCAAGCUCUUGACCUUAUUUCUGCACCACCAGUAGAUCUGAAACGCUUCACUGAAGAGAGGUACAAGGCAAUUGUAAAAUACAAGACAGCAUUCUAUUCCUUCUACCUCCCAGUGGCAGCUGCUAUGUACAUGGCAGGCAUUGAUAGUGAAGAAGAGCAUUCUCAUGCCAAGACUAUCUUACUGGAGAUGGGUGAAUUCUUUCAAAUUCAGGAUGAUUUCCUUGACUGCUUUGGUGAUCCUGCUGUGACGGGAAAGAUUGGAACUGACAUUGAGGACAACAAGUGCAGUUGGCUGGUGGUGCAGUGCUUGAAACGAGUCUCAGCAGAACAGCGGCGUGUUCUAGAGGAGAAUUAUGGACAAAACGAUCCAGACAAAGUUGUACGUGUGAAGCAACUCUAUGAGGCGUUGGACUUGAAAGCUGUCUACCAGCAGUACGAGGAAACCAGCUACCAGCGUUUGUUGGGCCUUAUUGCUCAGCAUGCUAUCCGCCUGCCUAGCCAAAUCUUCCUUGGCCUAGCCCAGUUGAUCUACAAGAGGCAGAAAUGACAGGCUGGCCAUUAUAAAGGAAGCCGGCCAGGAGUUAUCUGUGUGGUUUUGUUUUCUGGAAGGACUAUAGUUGUCUGUUAGUGGAACUGCUGAGAGAUUUUUACCAUGCAGAAAGGGGAUGGUGGAGGCUAUAUUCUUGGAAUAUAGCUAUUGCUCUCAGGUUGCUUUCUGGAUAAUUUGUAGAGGUGUGGGUUGUUUCUUAAAAUGCAUAAAAAUGUAUUUACACAAUGGAUGUUUAAAGUCAACUGUUUAAAUCUGUUUCAUUUCUAUAACUUUCCAAGGUAGGAUGAAAGUAGUGUACUGAUGACAAGUAACCAAGAGAUUCUCCUUGUACUUACUUGAAAUGUUGCAAGUCCUAGGAGUGUCUAAGGUGAAACCACAACCACAAUUUAAACCAGUUUUUUUAAAUAAUGGAUUAAAAAAGAUUAGUGUCUAAAUGUGUCCAAAGAUAUUCCCCAUGAGGAUUUCCAUCAGGUUUCUGUGGCGUUUUUGCUUUGGUCUAUGGUAUUUAAUGUUCUGCUAUAACUUGUUCACCUUUCUCCCUCCCUUCCCUCGUAUUCUUCCCUGCAACCAUGAAACCUACCCCAAGGAGCACAUGGAAUGGGUGACAUUUUGUUUGAAGCAGGAGGACGAAGUAGUAGACCUCCGCAGAACAAUGUGAUAAUACCAACCCACCUAGCACUCACCGCACAUGUAUUUCUGGGGUCAAGGGAAAAUGCGCACACCCAACUGAGAGAAUUCUUCACCAUCUUUCAUAGGUUUCAGUUUCCCCCUCUGUGGGAAUGUGUGUGUGAGGGGUCAUUGAGAAGCCCCUCUCUUUUGCUCUGGAAUAGUGUCUUGCGGUAAAACCGUGGCAUAUGUCUUUCUUAUGUGUCUGUCUGGUAUCACAACUGAAUGUACCUGGCAGGAGAGAAGGUGGUAGCAAUAAAUUAUUUUAAAACCA